AUGUUGGAGAAGGUAUGGAGGAGGGUGAGUUCUCUGAAGCUAGGGAGGAUAUGGCUGCCCUGGAGAAGGAUUAUGAAGAGGUUGGAAUGGAUUCCAAUGAUGCCGAGGACGGAGAAGGAGAUGAAUAUUGAUUUUAAUGUUUUUUAUUUAGUGCCAAUUCUUCGCCAAAUUACGCCAACAUUUUUAUAUUAAAAAUGUAUGCAGGCUUCUAUUUUAUAUAUUCUUAAAUCUUUAAUUUCAGAAGAAGCUUUUGAUCCUAAAUCGCCAAGCUACUUUUGAAACUUUAUCAAAAUGAGGGAAUGUAUCUCCGUACACGUUGGACAGGCAGGAUGUCAGAUGGGAAAUGCUUGCUGGGAACUCUACUGCCUGGAGCAUGGUCUUCAGCCUGAUGGUAUGAUGCCGUCAGACAAGAGUGUUGCUGGUGGUGAUGACAGUUUCAGUACGUUCUUUGCUGAAACUGGUGCUGGAAAACAUGUCCCCAGGUAUGUUGGAGAAGGUAUGGAGGAGGGUGAGUUCUCUGAAGCUAGAGAGGAUAUGGCUGCCCUGGAGAAGGAUUAUGAAGAGGUUGGAAUGGAUUCCAAUGAUGCCGAGGAGGGAGAAGGGGAUGAAUACUGAUACUUCAAUUAUUUUCUUAUGUGCCAAGCUUUGCUUUUAUCUUGAACAUUUUGCCUUAAAAUUACUGGUGAAUGAGUCUAUAUACUCAAUAAGAUUAAGAUGUUAAUUUUUAUCAUUUCAGAA